AUGGGUGUCUUCAAAAUUGUGGAGCAUACCAUCCCAGGCCAGCACAUCCGUGAGCACCCCCACGGUAUCAAAGGACGCCAAGAAGCGGCUCUGCACCUAGCGAUCAAGCAGUACAUUCCGCUCGAUUUAUUAGAUCCUAUUCCAGACAAUGCAGUGACGGUCAUCGGGGUGCAUGGAAAUGGGGCACCAAAGGAACUAUUCGAGCCACUGUGGGAACAUUUCUACGCGUACCUGAAGAAGUACUCGAUUCCACUGCGUGCGAUAUGGAUUGCCGACGUCUCCAAUCAAGGUGCAAGUGGUGUCUUGAAUGAAGACAUCCAGGGCGACAUGGCUCAUUGGUACGAUCAUUCUCGUGAUCUUCUGCAUAUGGUUAAUCACUUUCGGGAUGAAUUUCCACGGCCGAUCAUUGGAGUUGGGCAUAGUAUGGGAUGCGCCCAAAUCGUCCGGCUCUCCAUUAUCCACCCUCGCCUUUUCUCAACACUAGUUCUUUACGAGCCAGUCAUUUUCGAUUCCCGCUGGGGAGACUUCAACCCAGCUAAAUUCGUCGCCAGGAGACAAGACCUCUGGGAAUCCCGGGAGAAAGCAGAAGCAACUCUCCGCAAAAUCCAACGCGCCUGGGAUCCCCGAGUCACCGAGCGCUUCCUACAAUUCGGCAUACGACCCGUUCCAACGCGCCUUUACAACCGGCAAACUGAUCCCGAGCUACCUUCGUCAGCCGUAACACUAACAACAACAAGACACCAAGAGUCAUGGAGCUACACCAUCCCAAACCUGGAACCAGAAUCGGCCGGCCUAGAUUGGCUCUUAUUGCCGGACUGGGAUAUUGAAAAGGAGCGUCCGUUUAGUUUUGCACGACCAGAAUGCUGGGCUUCAUGGCGGGAUCUACCCUUCGUCCGUCCUAGUGUUCUUUGGGUAUUUGGUAGCCAGAGCUAUGUCUCGUUUCCCAAGGCUCAAGAUGCCAAGAUGCAAACGACCGGGACAGGUAUUGGUGGUAGUGGCGGUGCUGCACGGGGGAUGGUGGAGAAGGUUGUGCUUGAUGCCUCACACACGGUAGUGUUUGAGCAGAUCGAUAAGUGUGCAGCAGUGGGGGCCGAGUGGGUUCAGCGUUGGUAUCAGAGUUGGCUGGCGGGUGAGAAGGUUUUGGCUGAGUAUAGGAGUAAGAGAUCAGAUGCGGAUAUGAUAAGAGCUUCGGAGAGUGGCAUUCAGGUGACGAGAAUGAAGCUGGGAUCGAAAAGACCUGCGGCGAAGUUGUAG